GCAACAAUCACUCCAUUUACACAUUCCUACCGGCACAGUCAACAUUCAUGCCGCGUUUAGAGUUGAUUUUACUCCUUUGUAGUACAGUUUAUGGAUUCGAACAAUCAUCGAAAAGUGGACCACAUGUGUGCAUAGCGGACGGAUGCCUUCAAGGACGACACUUCACAACCCCUGCAGGAAAUCGAUAUGAAGCUUAUCUAGGAGUUCCUUAUGCAGCCCCGCCCGUUGGUGAACUUCGGUUCAAAAAUCCUCGACCAAUCCAGCCGUGGAGUGAACUGUACGAUGCCACUUUCGAGCGAAGCAUGUGUGUGCAGAAAAACGAUUUGUUUCUCGGCGAGAAAGUGGAAGGAAGCGAGGAUUGUUUGUACCUUAAUGUUUAUAAACCGAAGAAGAAUAUCAAUAGUCCAAUGGCCGUGAUGGUUUUUAUACACGGCGGUGGAUUCUUUGCCGGUUCGGCAACAAUGGGUCAAUUCGGACCGGAACGGUUCAUGGACACUGGAGAGGUCAUUCUGGUGGUAAUGCAAUACCGAUUAGGUGUGUUUGGAUUUCUUUCUACUGGAGAUCAUGCGGCCACGGGUAAUUUUGGUCUCAAAGACCAGAAUGCGGCUUUGCGAUGGGUUCAACGAAACAUUGAAAAGUUUGAGGGAGAUCCAACGUUGGUCACUCUCUUUGGACACAGUGCUGGUGGAGCAGCAGUACAGAUGCACAUGAUGAGUUCUCUAAGCAAGGGACUGUUUGCCCGUGCCAUCAUGAUGAGCGGAAGUGCACUUGGGUUUUGGAACCAACCGAUAUCUGAUCCGUUGGAUUUCGCUCGCAAACAGGCAGCUGCAGUGGGUAUCGGUUCUUCAGAUACACUGUCGAGUGAUGAACUUGUAGCUGCUUUGCGUAAAAUUGAUGCUUCCCAACUAUGUAGCAGUGUCGAUAAAUUGAAGUUUUGGUAUGUUUACCCAAUAGCUCCUUACCAUGUGGCAGUGGAAAAGUACAUAGAUAAUGACACAUUCAUUAGCGAAGAUCCGCGAAAAAUCUGGGCUAGAGGUGGAUAUCACCAAGUUCCUUGGAGAAUAGGAUUUGUCCCAAACGAAGGAUCUUUUGGAUCGGUGGCAAUCGUAAUCAAUUCUACAUUGGUAGCAAGCCUAAAUGAACACUCUAAUUCGUAUAUCCCACGGAUAGUUGGCUGCAAAGAAAAUGACAAAUCCAGAAACAUGCUACGAAAUAGAUUCUUUCCCGGUGGAACAGAGCAUCAUUGGAUAACAGAUGCAAACGUGAAUCAAAUCCAAACGCUCUUCACGGAAGCAUUUGUCUUGUAUCCCCUGGCAUUGAGCGUGAGUCAACAUAAUGCGCUGGAAGCAGAUCGGAAAAGUCCUCUUGAUGUGUACCGUUUCAGUUUCAAGAGUAAUCAUUCGAACGUAAAAUAUUUCGCUAAAACGGACCUUGACUUUGGAGUGGGUCAUGCGGAUGAUCUGCCUUAUCUAUUUCGCUCACCUGAUUUGUUUGAUGAUUACGAACACGAUUCGCCUGACGGCGUAAUGGCCGAAAAACUAGUCGACUAUUACAAACGUUUUGCAUACAAUGGGGUAUCUGACGAAUCAUGCCAAGAAAGUUGUAAAAUUUUAGAGUUUACCAAUUCGAAUAAUGCAAGUGAACCGGUCAAACUUAACGUAAUUAGUGGUUUUGAUAACGAAAUGGUUGCUUUUUGGUCUGACAUCUAUAGCGAAUGUGCAGAAAUUUCGGAAUGUUUUAACUUGAAACAAGACGUUAUUUAAACAGUUUACACUUUAAUUCUAAAUACAAAUCUGACCUAAGCUGUCUGUACGUAACGUGUAA